GCAGGGACCGCGGAGUGAACGUCAUCAAUGGAAGUCGGGUCCCAACAAAGAGAGAGCUAUUGGGCAUGGUUAUGGCGAUUUUCGACCCUUUCGGGUUGAUUGCCGACUAUCAUAUCUCGGCAAAGAUCAUAGUUCAGAGUACUUGGAGCUUUGGAACAAGUUGGGAUGAAGCAAUACCGCCUGAACUGCAUCCAAAGUGGAAAAGUUGGUUGGCCGAGAUACACAAAAUGCACAACUUUAAGGUUCCUCGAAUUUACUCUCCAAAUUUAAACUGCUGCGAAAGAUUGGAGAUGCAUAUAUUCGUCGACGCGAGUCAAGAAGCAUUUGCAGCUGUUGCUUAUCUGCGCAUAGUUUGCCCUACCGUCGUUGACAUAGCCUUUGUCAUGGGAAAAACACGCUUAGCACCGAAGAAACUAUUGUCCGUCCCUAGACUGGAACUUCAAGCUGCAGUCCUUGGAAUUCGAUUGAAUCGCUUACUGCAACAGAAUCAUAAGCUCCCAAUUGAUGAAACAUUUUUUUGGAGUGCUUCCAAAACUGUCCUGCAGUGGGUUCGUUCAAAGACGAGAAAAUUCAAACCGUUUGUAAGUCACCGGAUCACCGAAAUACUGUCAAGUUCAACCGAGUUACAAUGGAAUUGGGUACCAUCGUCCAACAACUCUGCUGAUGCCGCCACUCGUCUAUCGAAUUCCCCGAAAAUUUCUAGCCAAAGCCCAUGGAUACUUGGCCCGAGCUUCUUAAAACUACCGCGCUGUGAUUGGCCACGAAGUACUGACAUCACUCUACCAGAUGUUUUUGAAGAAGAAGUGCCCGAACACCCAGUGUUGAGAUGUCAGGUAGUUAUACCGAUAAUAGAGUUUAACCGAUUCUCUUCUUACAGCAACCUAAAGCGGGUAAUUGGUUGGGUAAUGAGGGCCAAAGGACUCUGGCUGAAGCGUUCGGACAAGAAAGGACCUUUAACUGUCCAAGAGUUAGCUGACGCCGAAAUUGAGAUCUGUCGGAUGGUGCAACAAGAGGCCUUUCCCGAGGAAAUCAAGAACCUACGGAAUCAACAGAUUAUUACCAAACAAAGCCCAAUUUAUGAACUGUCGCCAUACAUUGAAACAGACGGUCUCUUGCAUCUAUCGGGUCGAAUAGACGAGGCCUCAUUUUUACCACAGCCGAGACGUCGUCCAAUUCUUCUUCCGAAAGAUCACAGAGUUUCAUAUUUAAUUAUGAGGCAUUUUCACACGAAAUACCAUCAUCAGAACCAAGCAGUUAUCAUAAAUGAGAGCCGUCAAAAAUUUUGGAUACCGCAUGUUAAGAGACUUUUAAGUAAAGUAAUGUAUGAAUGCAAUAGAUGCAUCUUAGACAGAAGUGUACCUAAGACUCCACGUAUGGGUCAACUGCCACCAGACCGAUUAACACCAUAUGUGAGACCAUUCACUUAUACAGGAGUGGAUUUGUUCGGCCCACUUACCGUAACUGUGGGGCGUCGUCACGAGAAACGCUGGGGAGUAAUAUUUACCUGAACAUGAACGUCAGAGCUGCCCAUAUAGAAUUAGCAGCCGACCUUUCCACGGAUGCCUUUAUUCUAUGUUUGCGAAAUUUUAUUAAUCGAACUACAAAGGAACUCAAGAACAACGAAAAUUUAUUAGAUCAAAACGCCAUCAAAAAUGAAGCCGUCCAAAAGGGAAUAAAAUGGAUUUUCAAUUGCCCUUUACAACCUAAUGCCGGAGGAUGUUGGGAAAGGCUAAUACGGAUAAUAAAACGAUUGUUAAGCAAAACCUUGCACAGUGCCAACCCACGAGUUGAGACACUCCAAUCUGUAUUGAUCGAAGCAGAAAACAUUAUAAACUCACGCCCUCUUACUGAGUUGCCGAUCACACAUGAAAACGAAGAACCCCUUACACCAAAUCAUUUUUUAAUGGGUUGUACUAAUUCGACACAGACGCCACAACCAACUGUCCAAAAUAUAUGCUUGAGAAAACAGUGGAGAAUUGCACAAGCUCUUAAGGACUGCAUAUGGAAAAGAUGGGUAGUAGAGUACCUCCCUCAACUGGUUCAUGGUUCUAAGUGGCAUCAAGUCAGCACUCCACUAAAAAUAGGCGAUCUGGUACUCAUAAUGGACGCCACCCUACCAAGAAGUACGUGGAAGAGAGGACGAAUAAUCAAGGUCUUCACUGGAAAGGAUCAGCAAGUACGUUCAGCCGAGGUGAAAACAGCGGAGACCAUUCUGCACCGACCAGCUUCAAAAUUAAUACAGCUCCAAUUGCAUGGUGAAUCCGAGGACGAUUCACGGGUGGGGAGGGUGUAAGAAUUUGACAUAAGUUUAAAUUUGUUAAAUGUGAAUUUGAUAUUGUAUAAGAUAUCGAUAAGUUAAACGAUGAAGUAUUCCCUAAGUUGUAUUUUGACGAUAUAAUAGCCUGGGCACACUGAGAAAUGUAAGCGAAGAAGUAAGACGCGCCGAGAAAACACAAAAUUGAAACGCGCAGAAAAAAGUGAAUAAAUUCAAAAAUACAGAAUAAAAAUCAAUGCCUUUGUCUA